GGUGCUGAGAAAUCUGGGGAACCCGAGAUGGGUAAAUCUCCUCUUUCACAGAUGUGGGCAAGAGGCAGUGUGGCCCAGCGGUCGGGGGUGGCCUGAAAACCGACCCAUAUGGCUCAUGGGAUGCUCCAGGCGGAGGGGUCGUGCUCGGGCUGCCCCCAGAGAACUGGGCUGCGAGUAACGACAAAUAAAACCCCAGCAGCCCCCCGUGGGACCCCCCGCCCUGCUAGGUCAGCCUCUGGAAGGAGAAGGGCGUCGUGUCCACGGGGAUAUAUAGCAGCUCUUUCCAUGGUGGUGAAGAACUGCGAACCGAGGGGCUGCCGGCCCUUGGGCGGAACCUCUCGCGCUGCUCAGAACCAGGAGGAGACGGCUCCCAGCAGCAGCAGCACGGCGCGGUCUUCGCCCGGAGCCAUUCGGCUCUGCUCGGCAGCACGGCGGUCCAGGACAUCCCCAAUGGGGAAAGCAGCUGCUCCCCGCCCGAGAAACAGUCUGAAUGCAGAUGGAAGCACAGCUUUUCAACUUUAUUUUUCUUGUUUUUUUUUUUUGGGGGGGAGGGGUCGGUUCACAUUCUCUUUCACAACAAAUAGGAAAAUGCUUCACGUGACCACACGCACCACACGUGCAAAGAUCAAAGAUCAGCGUGCUCGUCUUCCCAACGAGGGGGAAGGGAGGAAAUCCGGAACUGAAAAUGAUCGCGACUGCUACGCGGAAACAAACGCAGUGGCCGAAGCCGUUACCUGCCGGACAGCUCCACCUGACGUCGCAUCGGAACUAGAAAUCAGCGACCUCCAACAAAACUCCCGGAAAACCCGGCCCUCCUCCACCCCCUUUUCUCUCUGGACGGGAAGGUCGGCAGCCCGGUCAUCCUCGACUCCUCCAUCUUCCUCCAGCGGCUGCCAGCGCCUCCUUCUAUCUCCACAGCCCUUACCCGGCCCUCUCCCCUCCGUUGGCACAAGUCUCUGCCUCCAGCCCUUCUCAUCUUGUAACAGACAUCCUGCUUCCGUUCUCUCCUCUCUAACCUUCUCCACAAAACCCCCGAACCCCCAAUUUGAUAUUAAAAACCAAACCAAACAUGAAAAGGUACAACUAUGUCACCUCCUUACCCCCAAACCUUCUGUGGCUCCCUACUGCCCCUAGGCUAGUCACCCCCCCGGGCACCCCGUCCGUGACCUUCCUCCCCACUCUCACCCCCAAGCCUUCCCGACGCCCUUCUCACCCACGGCCCCGGCAGGGCCGCCAUCUUGGCCAUGAGCGAAUGGUGCCCUUAGUUGGUCCCCAGUAAGGGCCAGGCAGAUGGGCCCGUCCGGGUUUUCUCCUGGUGGGUCCAGGAGCUCAGAGCACAAAGAAGCCCAACAAUUGGCUGAACGGUCCCGGGUACCCAUCCGAGGGCCCAAGCCCCUGCAGGGGUGGACGGCGGAGCCUCCGCGCCCCAGGAGAUCUCCGGGCAGGACGACUUACUCACAGUGGUCUCCCCCCUGCAGCCUCCAGGCCCGACCUCUCCCACCCCCCAUUUCCAGCAGAGCCCGGCGCCUUGUCCCGGGUCACCCCGUCGCCAUGAACGAUUCUGACCUCUGGGCCCGGACGCUCGGCAGGACUUUGGUCCGGGCCCUGACCAGGCAGGGAUGGCACCGGCCGCUCGCUCUGCCCGCGGUCAGAGGGCAGACGUCGAGGGUCACGCCCGCUUCUGUGAGUGAAGGCUCCUUGUCCCCACAGAAGGUCCCCCGCCCCCCGCCCCCGCACAAAGGGGCCAUUCAGCCAGCGUGGAUGACUGAAUGAAUCAAUGCUUGUUGAAUAAAUGCUGCUUCUCAUCCAUCACUUCCCUCCUGGGCAACCUCUGCCCUACAGCGAGCACCGCUCCCCGAUCUCGUCGUCCCCCCCUGGGCGCGGGCUCCCGGCUCCCACGUCUGAGCAGAGUCGGGGGCUGGGGGAGUGAGGGAGCGGAACGGGGGAAGGGCCCGGGCAUCACACCAGUGACAGAAGCUGGAGCUAACUGCCCCGACCCUAAAGUGCCACCAGAGCAACGUCGCACUUUGUCCAAUACAAAGCCUCGUAUUCAGUAGGUGCCCCAUAAAUGUUUCUCUGAUUGCUUGCACUGGGUCAAAGGCACAUGGGCUUGUAGCCAGGACACCGACAGCGGCUCCGGUCCCUCCCAAUCCCUUUUUCUCCACCUCGGCCCCGACAGCUGCAAAGAGCACAGGGUAACGAGGGGCUGAAAGCGAGGGGGGUUGGUGAGAUGCCCCCACCUUGCGGAGGCUGCAACGGGGACACUGGUCAAGCUGCCACAUCAGCGGGAGGGUCCGAGGUCCCAGAACUUGGGCAGGAGGCGGGUACAGGGAGCGAUUCCAAACCCGGGACCUCCUGGGAGGGCUCUGCCGGGGUGCGCGGCCCCCCGCGAGCGCUUCUUCGGGCCUCUGUGGCCCGGGCACUGGGAGGCUCACCAAAGGAAAUCCACGUCUUUCAGGGAAGGAUUCGGGGCCGACACAGUGCGCACCCCACAGCCCGGGAGCCGGGACCUGCUCACUCCUGGGAGAAGAGACUCUCCCCAGCCUCGGGAUGUCGGGGAGAAUGAAUGGAGAAAGACGGAGGCGGCAGCUCCCAAGCUGGGCCAGGUAUGCGGUGCAGAGGAGGAGAGAUGAGACAGGGAGAAAAUGCGAGCCUGAGAGUAAAACAAUUUUAAAAAUGGCAUAAACUCUAUGGAAUAUUAUUGUGAGAAAUGCUGUAAAGAUUGAUUUCUGAGAAACCUGGCAAUACUCGGCUCCAUUAACGCUAAAUGAAAUGAGCAGAACCAGGAGCGUGACACAACAUCGUAAAGACAAACGACAGUGAAAGACAAGGACUCUGGUCAGCACAUGGCCAACCACCAUUCUCUCCCUGAUGACAGAAGGGAUGGAUUGACCUGGUUUUGGACGCGGCCAAUAUGAGAAUUUGUUUCCGCUUGCGUAUUUGUUACAAGGAUGUCCUUCCCCCAGUGGGAGUGGGGUGGUUUGGUUGGUUGGUAGGAAGGAGGGGAAAAAAAAGAAUUGAGAAUUGGAAAAAAAUAAAGUCUUAAUUCUGCAACUUA